GUGCAAAUGACAUCAUCAUCCCGCGCUCCCUCUUUCUCGUUCUCUCUGUCUCCGCCGCCCGCGAGUCGCCUCCAUCUCUGCGCUUCGGUUGACAUCACAAUGGACUGGCGCCCAGAUGAGGAAGGAUUACAGCAAGUUUUGCAGCUGCUGAAGGACUCCCAGUCCCCAGAUACAGCCACACAAAGGAUAGUCCAAGAUAAAUUGAAGCAGCUUAACCAGUACCCAGACUUCAACAACUACCUGAUAUUUGUGCUUACACGGCUCAAGUCUGAAGAUGAACCUACACGAUCUCUGAGUGGUUUGAUUCUGAAAAAUAACGUCAAAGCGCAUUAUCAGAACUUCCCCCAGCCAGUGUCUGAGUUUAUAAAGCAGGAAUGUUUGAACAACAUCGGAGACGCUUCCUCCCUCAUCAGGGCGACAAUCGGCAUUCUCAUUACCACCAUUGCUUCCAAAGGCGAGCUGCAGAUGUGGCCAGAACUUUUACCGCAACUGUGCAAUCUACUUAACUCCGAGGAUUACAACACGUGUGAGGGUGCGUUUGGUGCUCUGCAAAAAAUUUGUGAAGAUUCCUCAGAACUCCUAGACAGUGAUGCUCUUAAUAGACCGCUAAACAUCAUGAUCCCCAAAUUUUUGCAGUUUUUUAAGCAUUGCAGCCCCAAAAUCAGAUCUCAUGCUAUUGCCUGUGUAAACCAGUUCAUUACAGACCGGGCGCAGGCACUCAUGGACAACAUAGACACUUUCAUUGAGCAUCUUUUUGCACUGGCAGUAGAUGAGGACCCAGAAGUUCGUAAGAAUGUGUGUAGAGCGCUUGUUAUGUUACUCGAGGUGCGGAUAGACAGACUUCUUCCUCAUAUGCACAGCAUAAUACAGUAUAUGCUCCAGCGGACACAAGACACAGAUGAGAAUGUGGCACUUGAAGCCUGUGAGUUCUGGCUAACACUGGCAGAUCAACCCAUCUGUAAGGAUGCCCUAUCAAACCAUCUUCUCCAGUUAAUUCCCAUCUUGGUUAAUGGAAUGAAAUAUAAUGAGAUUGAUAUCAUUCUUUUAAAGGGAGAUGUGGAGGAAGAUGAGACUGUCCCUGACAGUGAGCAGGACAUCAAGCCUCGCUUCCACAAGUCUCGCACUGUAACGUUGCAGCACGAAGAAGAGAGGGUAGAAGGAGAGGAAGAUGCAGACGAUGAAGAUGACGAUGACGACACUUUGUCCGACUGGAAUUUGAGGAAAUGCUCUGCUGCUGCUCUUGAUGUACUCGCCAAUGUAUUUAGAGAAGAGCUGCUUCCUCACCUUCUUCCAUUACUGAAGGGUCUUUUGUUCCACCCUGAGUGGGUCAUAAAGGAAUCUGGAAUCUUGGUAUUGGGGGCCAUUGCUGAAGGAUGUAUGCAAGGCAUGGUCCCUUACCUUCCAGAGCUUAUCCCUCAUCUGAUCCAGUGCCUGUCUGAUAAAAAGGCUCUGGUCCGCUCCAUUGCCUGCUGGACGCUUAGCCGAUAUGCGCACUGGGUUGUAAGCCAGCCACCAGACCUCUACCUGAAGCCUCUUAUGACAGAACUUCUCAAACGGAUUUUAGACAGUAAUAAGAGGGUGCAGGAAGCAGCUUGCAGUGCCUUUGCAACAUUGGAAGAGGAGGCCUGCACAGAACUUGUGCCAUAUUUAAGCUUUAUCCUGGAUACACUGGUAUUUGCUUUUGGAAAAUACCAGCACAAGAACUUGCUGAUCCUGUAUGAUGCUAUUGGAACGUUGGCAGAUUCUGUGGGACAUCAUUUAAAUCAGCCGGAAUACAUUCAGAAGCUAAUGCCACCUCUUAUCCAGAAAUGGAAUGAGCUAAAGGAUGAAGAUAAAGACCUAUUCCCUCUUUUAGAGUGCUUGUCAUCCAUAGCUACAGCCCUCCAGAGUGGUUUCUUACCAUAUUGUGAGCCUGUAUAUCAGCGCUGUGUGACUUUAGUACAAAAGACUUUGGCCCAGGCCAUGAUGUACAGUCAGCACCCGGAUCAAUACGAGGCUCCUGAUAAGGACUUCAUGAUUGUAGCUCUGGACCUACUGAGUGGGCUUGCAGAAGGCUUAGGUGGACAUGUAGAGCAAUUAGUAGCCAGAAGCAACAUCAUGACUUUGCUCUUCCAAUGUAUGCAGGACAUUAUGCCUGAGGUACGGCAAAGUUCCUUUGCUCUGUUGGGUGAUCUUACCAAGGCUUGCUUCCUGCACGUGAAACCAUGUAUAUGAUUUUAUCUUCUUCUGCGACGCUGUGGCUUCAUGGGUGAGCCCGAAGGAUGAUCUUCGGGACAUGUUCUAUAAGAUUCUGCACGGUUUUAAAGAGCAGGUUGGGGAAGAAAACUGGAACCAGUUCUCUGAACAGUUCCCCCCUCUGCUGAAGGAGCGUCUGGCUGCGUUCUACGGAGUGUAGAGUGAGUGGAAUCCGAUAAAUACAAACCCCGAGUGGGAGGUUCCUGUUUGGUCCAUGAGGUCAUUGGGAAGAUUGGUGUCUCACGUCCCACUCAUCCGGUGUCUAGAAGGGUUGUAGGGAACAGUGUCCAGGGCCAGAACCAUCCUUCCACUCCAGACCCCCCUACUUUCUCCACCCCAAAUCCACAGGAACCUCAGGGAGGAGUGGGAAGGCGAAACACAAAACACUACACCCGUCCUUCUCCAAACGUGGAUCUUUUUAAUGACUGGUUUUUACUGAGCAUGAGGGGGGAUGGACCUUAGAAUCAAAUCAUUAGCCUUGUAGGGAGGGAGCAGGGACCUACUGAUGGAGCCAGACCACAGCGGGAUCUAUUACUGGGAGGGGGGAGGGGGAAUAUAGAGCAGAGAAGGGUGGGAGGUGGGGAUGAUAAAGGAAUGAAAUGUUUUGACUCCUUCCCAGCUAGAGCAGGCAAGAGUCAAAUCCGCAGAAUAGAGUCCAAAACAAGGAAUGGAAGUCAAGUCACCAACGUGAAAUAGCCCUAGUGCAGCCCUAUGGAAGAAGGGAAAGUGCCAGGGUCACAUCAUAUUUUCAUAGGCAUGGAGAUUGUGAUAAAACUAACUUGGUUAUUUAUCCAUUCCCGGUUCAUAGAAAAGGCAGAGAGCUAAUCUAAUUCACUAAAACAUUUAAUUUAGCUCCAGUGAUUACAAAGACAGGACAUAUGUUUGUGUGCAAUAUCUACAGUUCUUACUCAAGUUCCAUUUUCUCCUACUCCUAGCAAUUGAUUACAUACUCCUAACCCUACAUCUCCUGCACUGAAGUUAAUAGAGCCUGGCAAUUAUUUUUAUAUAAGCAAUGAGGGGUAGAGGAUAUUUCUUGAACAGAGGCAGACACAAGACUGCUAGGUCUGCAUUUUGUAUACAUUUUCUAAUUCUCCUACCAUUUACACCUGUCACUUGCAGAUUAUUUUUUUGCACUUGUUUAUACAUUGUGCAAUAGUGUAUGGGGGGAGGGGGACUAGCUUCAAAUGAUCUGAAAACAUUGAGGGGAUUAUGUUUAACCACUUUAAACUUUGCAAAUAUUUUGUGGCAAAUUGACUUUUUAUUAAUUAGAUGUCCCCCUUUUCCUGUUUUGCUGCAAGUGAAAGGUUUAGCAUAGUAGAUUGAUUUUAAUCUUAUCAAACCAACAAGUCAUAAAUUUAAGAGAUUCAAGUCUAAGGCAGCUGCACGUACAUUGCUACAACAGCUUUAGCUCUGUCAAAUGAAUAGAAAACACAGUAAUGAAAUCUAGUUGUCUGAUUUAAACAUUCCGCGUUUUCGAAAUUGUCCCUGAAAAACAAAUCCAGGACACAAUGAAAUAUAGUAAUGAAAUUCAAAAGCUGGCACAGAAACUGGAUAAAAUUAAGAUCGGGAAAGGAGCAACCUUUUUAUAGGGCGAAACCUUUGAGGAAAGGUGCUGGCAAGGGGUUAAUCUAGCUUUUGUCGCACUAAUGUGGACACUUGGCGAAGCCUUUAACUGUGCCUAAUUUAACACUUGAAAAAAUCAGAGGGGCUGCAAAAGUAAUUUCCUCUCUGAAGUUAAAGGGAAAGGUUGGAGUGCAAGCUCCUACGGGAGGGGAGUUAGCGUCUAUUCAUGAUCAUCCUUUUAACCCCUUCUUCCCUGUUUUGUACAGUAGGGCACACCACUAGGCUCCAGUUUAAUUCUGGGUCUGUAUAUCGGUAUUUGUGAUGUAAUGUUUCCUAUGGUAAAACUGCAGUGUAUUUAGUGUAAAGCCGUCUGCUUGCACCUUUGCUCAGAUGAGAAUUAUAUUCUCAUUUUAUGUAUAUUUUUUUUUUUAUUAUUUUAUUUUAUUUUUUUUGUUAACUAAAAUGCAGUUUUUUGUGA